AAUAUCUUUGGCAAUGCCCCAUUUGUAAGUAUAUAAACACACCAAUACCACCACCACCACAUUUAUAUUCUUCUAUGUAUCGCUGCAACUAAUUCUCCGAUUUUCUUCCAUAUCUAUCGCCUCUAAAUAAAAAUAAAAUCAUAAAGAUCACAUCUUUUACUAUUAUUAUUCACAACCCACCACUGAUUUCAACCAGAUUUUUAUUUUUAAUUUUUUUGGGUUAUCAAGAUUUGUAAAAUGAGGAUGAGGGAUGAAAUAGUGGAUUAUCAGGGUGAAGAAGAGGAUGAAACGGUGUCGUUUUAUCCUCCUGCUAAGAAAGGGGAUGUGGUGGUGGUUGGUUAUGCUCUCACUUCUAAGAAGAUUAAGAGCUUUUUGCAACCCAAGUUUCAGGAUUUAGCUAGGAAGAAGGGUAUAGUAUUUGUUGCUAUCGACCAAAGUAUGCCUUUGUCUGAACAAGGUCCUUUUGAUAUUGUCCUGCAUAAGCUAUCAGGAAAAGAAUGGCGGAAAGUACUCGAGGAUUAUCGACAAAUGCACCCAGAAGUCACAGUCCUAGAUCCUCCAGAUGCCAUACAACAUGUGUACAACCGACAGUCUAUGCUUCAGGAUGUUGCUGAUCUUGACUUAUCUGACACUUAUGGCACAGUUGGUGUUCCGAGACAAUUAGUGAUUAAGAAAGAUCCAUCAUCUAUUCCUGAUGCAGUUAGCAAAGCUGGGCUAAAAUUGCCUCUGGUUGCAAAACCUCUGGUUGCCAAAUCACACGAGUUAUCAUUGGCUUACGAUUGCUACUCACUCGAGAUGCUAGAACCUCCCCUUGUUCUUCAGGAAUUCGUAAAUCAUGGUGGUGUCCUCUUCAAGGUUUAUGUUGUUGGGGAUGCAAUCAAGGUUGUUAGACGCUUCUCUUUGCCUGAUGUUAGCAAACGUGAGUUGUCAAAAAGUGCUGGUGUAUACCGAUUUCCAAGGGUGUCUUGUGCUGCAGCAUCUGCUGAUGAUGCUGAUUUGGAGCCAUGUGUUGCUGAGCUUCCCCCGCGGGCUCUACUUGAGAGACUCUCUCGGGAACUUCGUCGGCGCCUGGGUCUUCAUUUGUUUAACAUGGACAUAAUUAGGGAAUACGGGACAUUGGAUCGUUAUUAUGUCAUCGACAUAAAUUACUUUCCUGGAUAUGGGAAAAUGCCUGGAUAUGAGCAUAUAUUCACGGACUUUCUCCUCAGCCUGGUGCAAAGCAACAAGUACAAGAAACAUUGUUAGUGCAAGAUGAAAGUUCUGUGGCCAUGCAUGCUAAUAUCUGAAAAUACAAGUCCAUGCAGAAGCAGAAAGGAAAAAAGGCACUGCACUUCUUAGCAAGGGUUGCUCCAGUUCAGGGUGCUGUCGUAGAUCGGAAGUUUAGUGGAUAGUGCAAGAUGGUCUACAGUUAUGUUUUUUAUCUUGAUGUUCUAGGAUCACAAUUUCCUUGUUUUCAUUACUAGUCUUGGGUUUGCAGAUGUUAACAUCGUCUAUGUUUUGGUAUUAGUUUUAAGUCUUCAGUUUGUGGCUCUUGCUAGAGACCUGGGAAAUGUCGCAGGCUCUUGUAAAUGAUUAUACCUUCAUAAGGUUUAGGUGUCACUAUGUGUGUGCCACCUUGUAUAUCCUGGGUAGUAGUGAACCUUGUAAAUCUGGCCUAAUUUAAAUGCACUCCUUUCUUCAA